AUGUCUGACCAAUGUGAAAACUUCAGAGGAGACAUGGCAGAGGCUGUGCAAGUCAUAGAUCUGGAAGAAGUUAUGAAAGAAUCUGAGGAGCAAGGGUGGGAACGAGAGGACCUGAGGAGACGCAUCCAUCAGGCUGAACUGAGACUCCAAGUGAAGGAGCAGCUCCAUGAGCAAUAUUUAACGCAUGGAAUGCACCUUCAGUCCUCGAUACAAGAGAUGGAAGCUGAGAAUGAGGCCCUUACCAACAAAGGGAACGAGUUACAGCAUCUGGAAAAUGUAAGAAAAAGAAGGAAAGAGGCUCUGCAGCGGGAGCUUGUGGCUGAGGAUGAAACAAUUGAGCUUGAGAAGGAAAAUAAAAGGCUCAAGAGGGGAAUUAAGUUGGAAAGAUUCUCAGGAGAGAAACAUCAGGAUCAAAAACAAGGGCUGGAAAAAGAUGCACAGGAAUUGCAGCAUAUACUGGCACAGGUUGAGGAAGACAUUCGUAGAAAAGAUGAGGAAAUAGAGCAGAAAUCCAUGACCCUGGACAAAAGAUGCAGAGAAAACAAGAAUUGUUACAAAACAAUCAAGGAACAACAAGAACUCAAACAGCAGCUGGGCAUACAGGCGGUUAAAAGAGCUGCAGAGAAGACAUCAACAAUGCUGCGACUCAGCUAUUUAACUCUGGCUGAGCGUAACGAUGAGAGGCACCUGAACAAUGAAAACUGUUUGUCGGUGACACAACACACUUACACCAAAAUACUGGAAAUGUUCCCCUUUCACUUAUUUCUGUAUUUUGUGUUUGUGGUUAGCUGUUGUUUGCGUGUCCUGUGGAGUGGUGUAAAGGUAGCAGGAUUAAUUUACCUCUCCAUCCUCUCCCUUCAUGUGGCCGCCAUGUGCUUCUUCACGGACGAUCAUUGCAACCUUCUGACCAUUGUCUUCAACCUGCUGGAGCCCUGUGGCGAACUACAUCACACACACGCCUGUUUACUAAGACUUUGCUAGACCUAAUGGCUUUAGUAAUGCUUCACCGUAUGUUGCUGUGGCAAAUGGAAAGAGCAAUGUGUAACUGUAAAUGCACAGCUUCGU